AUGUCGGACGAUGUCCUGCAGGUGAGGCAGGGCGGCGAGUACCACAGCAACAACCCCGAGAUGAGCAAGCUGCUGCACAAGGCCGUGCGCCAGGGCGAGCAGACCGCCUACUCCGCCUACCAGGCGCACCUCGCCACACGCCCCGUGAACGUCCUCCGGGACUUGCUCGAGCUCGACACUGCGAGCCGCUCGGCAAUUCCCCUGGAGGAAGUGGAGUCGGCGGCGUCGAUCGCCACUCGGUUCUGCACAGGAGGCAUGUCUCUGGGCGCCAUUUCCAGGGAGUGCCACGAGGUGAUCGCGGUCGCCAUGAACCGGCUGGGCGGGAAGAGUAACUCGGGGGAGGGCGGAGAGGACCCCAUGCGAUGGGUAGAGCUGGAGGAUGUGGAUGCAGACGGGCGCUCGCCCACCUUCCCGCACCUCAAGGGGUUGAGGAACGGCGACAAGGCGACGAGCGCCAUCAAGCAGGUGGCGUCGGGGCGGUUUGGCGUGACGCCGACGUUCCUGGCGAAUGCGGAGCAGCUGGAGAUCAAGGUGGCGCAGGGGGCGAAGCCGGGCGAGGGCGGGCAGCUGCCGGGGAAGAAGGUGUCGCCCUACAUUGCGCAGCUCCGGAGCUCCAAGCCGGGCGUGCCACUCAUCUCGCCCCCGCCCCACCACGACAUCUACUCCAUUGAAGACCUCGCCCAGCUAAUCUUCGACCUCCACCAGGUGAACCCAGCGGCGAAGGUGUCAGUGAAGCUGGUGGCGGAGGCGGGCAUCGGCACAGUGGCGAGCGGAGUGGCCAAGGCGAAUGCGGACAUCAUCCAGAUCUCGGGGCACGAUGGUGGCACGGGCGCCAGCCCCAUCAGCUCCAUCAAGCACGCUGGCGGGCCCUGGGAGAUGGGUCUUACCGAGACGCACCAGACGCUCCUUGCCAAUGGGCUGAGGGACCGCGUGGUGCUCCGAGUGGACGGGGGCAUCAAGUGCGGCACGGACGUGCUCGUGGCGGCUGCCAUGGGCGCCGACGAGUUUGGCUUCGGGUCGCUCGCCAUGAUCGCCACGGGGUGCAUCAUGGCGCGCAUCUGCCACACCAACAACUGCCCCGUGGGGGUUGCCUCUCAGAGGGAGGAGCUGAGGGCGCGCUUCCCUGGGGUUCCGUCAGACCUGGUCAACUACUUUGUCUUCGUUGCAGAGGAGGUGCGGGUGGGUUUGGCAUCGCUGGGCAUGAAGAGUUUGGACGAGCUGGUGGGGCGAGUGAACGCACUCAAGGCCAGGGAUGUGGCACUCGCUAAGACCAACUCCAUCGACCUCUCCUACCUCCUCACUGUAUGCUGCUUCCCCUCGCCUCUGCAUGCACGCCUGCCACCCCUGCACACCCUCCGCCAUGCACGCCCCUCCUCGCGCCUCACAGCAUGGGCGUGUCCUCUACGCAUUGAUACAUGUGUUCAUACAUGCCAUCGAUUCCCUCUGUCCUUGCCGCGCUGUCACAUUGCCACGUACUACCCCGGGGUGUCAGAGCAGAGCAGCUUCGAGCGCAUGGCACAGGAGGUGCACUCCAGCAUGCCACAGUGUUCUCAAACCCCUCUCUUCCCCCCACCGCCCCCUCCCAUUCCCCCACCUCCUCUCCCCAUUCCUCUCCUCUCCCCACACGUACCAGUACCCCGGGGUGUCAUCGGCGAGCAGCAGGGAGCGCAUGGCACAGGAGGUGAUGGCGGCGAUAGAGCAGAACAAGGUGGUGCAGCUGGCCACGCCCAUAGUCAACACGGACCUGCCUUCCCUGCUUCCCUCUCCCCUUCGCUUCCCUGCCCGCCCUGCUCCCCUUGCCCCCCCAUGUGCCCUCCACAUUGCAACGAGCAGGUGAUGGCGGCGAUAGAGCAGAACAAGGUGGUGCAGCUGGCCACGCCCAUAGUCAACACGGACCUGCCUUCCCUGCUUCCCUCUCCCCUUCGCUUCCCUGCCCGCCCUGCUCCCCUUGCCCCCCCAUGUGCCGUGAUGGCGGCGAUAGAGCAGAACAAGGUGGUGCAGCUGGCCACGCCCAUAGUCAACACGGACCUGGCCUCCCUGCUCCCCUCGCCCCUGCUACAUGUCCCCCCCAUAUGCCAACAAGCAGGUGAUGGCGGCGAUAGAGCAGAACAAGGUGGUGCAGCUGGCCACGCCCAUAGUCAACACGGACCUGGCCUCCCUGCUCCCCUCGCCCCUGCUACAUGUCCCCCCCAUAUGCCAACAAGCAGGUUCAAGGGCAGCGCAGGGCAGUCGUUUGGGUGCUUCCUGGCAGGCGGGAUGAACAUUCGGCUCAUCGGCGAGGCCAAUGACUACGUGGGCAAGGGCAUGGCAGGGGGGCAGAUAGUGGUGGUGCCAUCCAAGGCAGCCACCUUCCAGGCGGAGACAGCCACCAUCAUCGGCAACACGUGUCUGUACGGCGCCACGGGCGGGCGGCUGUUUGUGCGCGGGUGUGCGGGGGAGCGCUUUGCAGUGCGCAACUCCAACGCACAGGCCGUGCUGGAGGGCGCCGGCGACCACUGCUGCGAAUACAUGACUGGCGGCACUGUUGUGGCGCUUGGCAAGGUGGGGCGCAAUGUAGCAGCGGGCAUGACGGGAGGCAUCGGGUACUUCCUGGAUGAGGACGACACCUUCUCCCCUAAGGUGAACCGGGAGAUUGUGGCGAUGCAGAGAGUGGUGUCGCCAGGGGGGCAGCAGCAGCUCAAGUCGCUCAUCCAGGACCAUGCGGAUCUGACGGGCAGUGCCAAGGCGGCCGCCAUCCUGGCAGAGUGGGACAAGUUCCUGCCGCUCUUCUGGCAGCUUGUGCCGCCCAGCGAAGCCAACUCGCCAGAAGCCAAGGCGCCUGCUGCUGAGGAGCCUAACCAGUUCGUGCCGGGGCAUCUCGUGGCGCUGCUGCAGAUGGUCGUGCGUGCUGACGUGGACCUCGCGAUCCGCCAGGUGGCGGCCAUUCACUUCAAGAACACCGUGUCGCGCAACUGGAGAACUAAAUCCGAUGCUACCGAGGCCGCCGCUGCAGGCUCGCCGCUAUUCUCGGACGGUGACGUGGCGGCGGUGCGGGACAACCUCGUGGAGGCCGUCAUCUGCUGCCCGCCGCUCAUUAGGUCGCAGCUGAUCGAGGUGCUCAAGGCGGUGGUGCAGAGCGACUACCCCGACCGCAUGCCGGCGCUGCUGCAGCAGGCGCUUGCCAACCUGCACAGCCCCGACCAGCCGCGCGUCUACGGCGCGCUCGUCGUCGUGCGCGUGCUCGCACGCAAAUACGAGUUCAAGGAUGAGGAGGACCGAGUGCCGGUGCACGAGGUGGUAACCAGCACCUUCCCGCAGCUGCUGGUCAUUCUGCAGCAGCUGCUGGCCGUGCCCAACCCCUCCCUCGAUAUUGCCGAGUACAUCAAGCUCGUGCUCAAGAUCUUCUGGUCCGCCUGCUACCUCAAGGUGCCCGAGAUGGUGCAACAGGAGGCGGUGUUCCUGGCGUGGAUGGAGUGCUUCCACGCGCUGCUGGAGCGGCCAGUGCCCGCGGAGGGGCAGCCGUCGGACCCCGAGCAGCGCAAGCAGUGGGCGUGGUGGAAGGUGAAGAAGUGGCUGCUGCACAUCAUCAACCGCAUGUUCCACAGGUUUGGCAAUCCCAAGUACGCCAAGGGCGACGACAAGGCAUUCGCCACCAUGUUCGCUGACAAGUGUGCUGCGUGCCUGCUGAACUCGUACCUGCACCUGCUGGCACCCGUUCGCACCGACCCCAACAGCCUGCCCGACCGCAUCACCAACCUCGCCAUGCAAUACGUCACCUACAGUCUAUCGAAGAAGGCGCUGUACGAGUCACUGAAGCCGCACCUGCAGGUGCUGCAGUUCGAGGUGGCGUUCCCGUUGCUGUGCUUCAACGACCACGACGCCCUGCUCUGGGCCGACAACCCCCUCGAAUACGUCCGCAAGGGCUACGACAUCAUAGAAGACAUGUACAGUGCGCGCACGGCGGCACUCAACUUCCUGGCGGAGCUGGUGACGAAGAGGAGCAAGGACACGCUCGACCCCUUCAUUGCUGCUCUCGUGCUCAUCCUCAACCGGUACAACGAAGCACCACCGGAUCAGAAGGCGGCGCAGGCACGGCAGAAGGACGGGGCGCUGCUGGCAAUCGGCGCGCUGCAUGAGAAGCUGCAGGGCACGGCGCGCUACAAGGCACAGCUGGAGCACAUGCUGCUCACCCACGUCUUCCCCGAGUUCACCAGCCCCUGCGCCUUCCUCCGCGCCAAGGCGGCGUGGGUGGCGGGGCAGUAUGCCGACAUCCCCUUCAGCAACCCCGCACACUUCGGGGGAGCGCUGCAGGCGGUGGUGGCGCUGCUGCGCGACCCCGAGUUGCCCGUGCGUGUGGAUGCUGUCGUGGCGCUGCGCUCAUUCGUGGAUGCCUGUGAAGACCUGGACCAGCUGCGACCCAUCAUUCCCAAUCUGCUUGACGAUUUCUUCAAGCUGAUGCACGAGGUGGAGAACGAGGACCUGGUGUUCACAUUGGAGGUCAUCGUGGAGAAGUUUGGCGAGGAGAUGUCUCCCUUCGCCGUCGGCCUCAUCCACAACCUCGCGGCGGCGUUCUGGAAGUGUGUGCGGUCGUCAGAGGCAGCGGAGAACGAGGAGAGUGAGGAGGCGGUGGAUGACAUGAGCGCGCUGGCAGCAGCGGGGUGCUUGAGGGCCAUGGGCACGGUGCUCGAGUCCAUCUCCUCGCUGCCGCACCUCUUCCCGCAGCUCGAGCCCACGCUGCUGCCCAUCCUGCACAAGAUGCUCACAUCUGACGGCCAAGACCUGUACGAGGAGGUGUUGGAGAUCGCCACGUACAUGACUUACUACAGCCCAUCCAUCUCGCCCGCCCUCUGGUCCAUCUGGCCGCUCAUCCUCUCCUCCCUCAACGAAUUCGCCAUCGACUUCUUCGAGUAUGCGUUGGACCCGCUGGACAACUUCAUAUCGCGUGGCACGGAGCACUUCCUCACGUGCCCCGACCCCAACUACCCCGACUCGCUCUGGAAGCUGCUCUCCAAGUUGUUGAGCGACGAUGACAUCAGCGAUCGGGAUGUGGUGCCAGCACCCAAGCUGAUGGAGGUGGUGCUGCUCAACUGCCGCGGGCGGGUGGACGCGUGGCUGCCGCUGUACCUGCAGCUCGCCCUCACGCGCCUCAACAAGGCCUCCCUGCGCCACCUCAAAGACCUCCUCAUGCAGGUUGUGUCGAACAGCUUGUACUACAACGCGCAGCUCACACUGCAAGCGCUGGAGGGCAUGGGGGCGACGGCAGGCGUGUUCCAGACAUGGCUCACCAUGCUGCAGGCCAAGAGCCAGACCACCAGCAAGCGCCUCCACUUCAAGAGGCAGCACGACAAGAAGGUGUGCAUUCUGAGCCUGGUGUCGCUGCUCUCACUGCCCACGGCUGCUCUGGGAGCUUUGAGAUUCCUUCAGCGUCUCUCCUUCCUCACCUACACACCAUUUCCUCCUCUUCCCCCGUCCCCCACCCCCCACCACCACAGGCAGCACGACAAGAAGGUGUGCAUUCUGGGGCUGGUGUCGCUGCUCUCACUGCCCACGGCUGCGCUGCCGGCAUCAGUGGCACCGCUGCAGGGCGAAUUCGCCAAGGCCGUGCUGCAGCUGCUCGUGGCGUACAAGGAGCAGCACGAGG